GGGAAGCUAUAGAAGUGCCAAUUUCCUACCAUGGUACGGAGUUUCUCAUGGAACCGAGAGCGAUCAGGAAAGCGUAGAGACCGACUUAUUUGACGAAUUCGAAUACAAGGAAGAAAAAGUAGACGAAAGAGAUAGUUACUAUACUGGCGACGUGCUUUUGGAUGAAGAACUAUAUGAGAACCCUUGGGAAGAAAUGGAAAGAACGAAUCGAAAGUCUAAUAGAGAAAAAUACCGAGCUCGGAGAAGAGAACAAGGGCGACAUACGGGAGCUAUUCAAGAACAAAGAAGACCUUUUUAUUGA